AUGUCGUCAACAGAGCCCUCGGGGCCUCAUGGCGGAUCCAAUGGCGACCCCGCGGCGCCAGUACCGCCCGCGGUAGCUCCCGCUGCCGUGUCUGCCAACCCAGAGCUCGACCUCCCCAAACUCCAAUCUCUUCCCGCCGACCAGCAACAGCUAUUCCUGCUGACUUCGGUCGCCGCCCUGACCAAACAUGUUCUCGCGCUCUCCAACGAUGACUGUACCGCCCAGCAGUUCUACCUCAAGAAAGAAGUCUUCCAGAUCAUCAACUUGACCACCCCUCAGCCGACCCGCGUUGUGAGGAACAAUCUCGGAAAGUGUCUUGCGCAUAUAUUCGGCCACGGAGACCGCAAACUGCUGUUCGAGACGAUCAACGACCUCGUCAGCAUCACACAAGGAGGCAAGGGCAAGGCCGAAUCCUCGCAGCGCGCCAAACAUGCGGCUGUCGUGUGCCUCGGCGAUGUUUUCGCGUCUGCAGGAGACAGUGCGAUCGGCCUGCACCCCAUUGCCUGCAGCGCCAUGCUGAAGCUCCUCAAGCUUUCCUCAAACCACGCUGGGUUGAGGGCAGCCGUCUUCGCAUCUCUGGCGAAGGUGGUCAAGAUGGUCGAGGGCAGUAUGGACGAAAGCAUUGCCAGGGACAUCUGGAAACAGGCUAGGAGCUUUGCGACCAGCGACAAGGGCGCCUUGGCCAUCGUGUCAGCAUGCCGCUGCCUCCGGGCGCUCGUGCGGUACACGCCAUACUUUGAGGUCUCAACCGACUUUGACAAGCUGCAGACCGUCAUCUUCAAGGUCAUCGACUCGCCUUCGACGCAGGUCCGGCAUGCGGCCGCCGAUACCCUCGCCGAAGCCAUGCUGCGCGCAUACAACGAGACAGGGGCCGCAGAGGCUGUGGCCAAGAAGAAGCCCAAGUCCAAGGCUCUCAAGCGCCAGAGUACCAUCCCAAGCAACCUGCAAGACGAAGACGAUCUUCCUCCGUCUCGAUCGGAGAGCCCCGCGCCUGGUGGAAGGAAAGGACAGACCUUGGCGCUGUCGCUGGCGGACAUUCUGAAAAUUCUGACCGGACACUACACCAAAAUCUCUACAACGAACAGGGCGCGGGCUGCCAUUGGAGUAUGCUUCGGCAAAUUAUUCAGGAAGCUAGGCGAGAAGACGGUCGAGACAAACUUCCUCAAGAUUGUCGACAGCCUGUCUGUUGAUAUUCUUGGCCACCCCAGCAUCACGAACAACAGGUACCGCCUCCUGGUCUCGCGGCGCAUCACAAACACGAUUCUGCAAGACAUCAUUGGCAAAAAGAUACUCGGCGAGUCAGGUCAGAUGGCUGCAGCCAAGGCCAUCACCAACGACAUCAUCAAGAACUAUCCUCAAGCGCUCCCCGAACGGCCCGAACCUUCAAAGCACACAUUGAUCACUGCGCUGGGCGUGGUGGCGUCGCUAGUGAAGAGCCUCGGGUCAGCAGCGAACGGCUUCGCCGAAGCCUGCAGGGACGGCCUCCUGGGCGUCCUGCAACACCCCAGCUAUUCAGUCCAGGUCCAUGCCUCGGCAUGCAUGAAGGAGCUUGUGCUUGCUUGCCCUCAACAGUUGCUGCCAUGUUUGUCCGUGUGCAUGAACAGCAUCAAUCGCGAAUUGUCCCUUUUGACAACGGGGCGCAACUCCCCUCGUCGAUGUAUAGGAUACGCACACGGCUUGGCUGCGACGCUCAGCGCAAGCCCUUCGCGGCCGUUGUACGGGUCUGUUGAUAUAAACAGUCGAGUCCUUACCAUGGCGACCAAUCUACUGAAGUCCAGUGGACAGUCAGAGCUUCGGGUUUCUAGCACGCAAAUCCAAGUGGCGUGGAUCAUGAUCGGCGGUCUUAUGUCGCUGGGACCCAACUUUGUCAAAAUCCAUCUCUCGCAACUACUUCUUCUCUGGAAGAAUGCACUGCCGAAGCCCCUGUCUAAGGACAACACCUCCCAUCGUAGCUUCCUGGAAGCCUCCUUCCUCACUCAUGUUCGCGAGUGCGCUCUCGGCUCCAUUCUGGCCUUUUUGCAGUUCAACAGCCGCCUCCUCACAGUUGAUGUAUCGAAACGCAUCGCGACAAUGCUUCAGAACACAUCGGCAUUCUUGCGAUCUCUGCCAGCAAAGAAGCUGACGGAUGAUGUUGCUCAGAGGCUGACGCCGGCUCUUCAGCUGCAAGACUUGGACAUGAUGGUACAGCGCCGCGUUCUGCAGUGUUAUGCUAAGCUGGUGAACCUCAGCCCAGCCGGGGGCAGCGAGGCUCUGAUUCAGUCGAACCUCCUCACUCUUGCUAUCUCACUGUUUGCCGAUCCCGAGAAUUAUGCGCCUAGUUCCUCCAUCAGCGCUUCUAUCGCCAGUGCAGCCGCAAAUUUCGAGACUGUCUGGGACGCCGGCGACAACUCUGGGUUCGGCCUCACAGGCUUGAUCUCGGGCUUCAACAUUCGACGUCUGCCGGGUCAACACGAGUCCUCGCUCGAGGAAGGCUAUGCUCAUCAGGAUAACACCCCAGACGAGGCCAUUGACCGACUUCUCCUAUCUCCCAUAUGUGGCAGUCUUGAGCAUGAUGCCUCGCUUCUAUACAUCGGAAACAAUACCACAGAUUCCAGCGCCCCCGAUCCACCAGCGACGGAAGUUAUCAACAUGGCCAUCCAGCUGUUUGCUUUCGUUUUCCCCCUGACUCCUGCUAAGGUGCAAGAAAGCAUUCUCGAGCAAAUCAAGACGUUCAUGUCGGCUGGAUCAUUGCAGAGAGAUCCCGGUCGGAAGGCAGCCAUCAAUGUUAAUGUGUGUCUUGCCAUCCAUUCAACCCUCCGCGUUGCCGCCAAGGAAACACAGGCACCUUCUGGUGAUGUCACGACCUUGGCUGUGGAGAAGCUGCUCCAGGAGAUGCUGCGCGACUUCAUCAUAGAUGGGGAUCAGUAUGUACGAAGUAUCGGCUACGCCGCUGUUGCCAGGCUUUGCAAUGCCUGCGGUAAUGCCUUUACCAAUCAUGAGAUCAAGUAUCUUGUUGACACGAUUGUGGCGAACCGAGAACCCAGCGCCCGAGCAGGAUGUGCUAUGGCUAUGGGUUCGAUCCAGAAGCAGGUCGGCGGUAUGGCGGCUGGCUACCACUUGAAGACUGUUCUCGGCGUCCUCAUGUCGCUCUGCAGCGACCCUCACCCGAUAGUCCACUUCUGGGCUCUGGAGGCUUUGGCGUUGACAGCAGAUGCGGCCGGUCUCAGCUUCUCCACCUAUGUCCCGGGCACGCUGGGUAUGCUUGUGCAGCUGUACGUCUCGGACACUCACAAUGCGGAAACUUCAUCAGCCGUAACCAUGAAUCUCGAGAUGGAAACGUCGACCACUGCUGCACUUGCACGAUGCGUCGACUCGUUGAUCAAUGUCCUGGGACCGGACCUGCAAGACUCUACCAAGUCAAGAGGGCUCAUCCUGGAUUUGGUGGGACAGUUCCAAAACGAGGAUGAUCUCGAGGUGCAGAGAGCGAGCCUUAGCUGCUUGGAACACUUGUCCCUUUACGCCCCUGGCUACAUGGAAUUCGAAAAGUACGUCAAGCUUCUUCAGCACUAUUUAAAUUCUGAAUUCGCCACGCUGCGGGACGUUGCUGUCGAUGGACUGUACAGUAUGAUGAAGAGGGAUCCAGAAGACGUGAUCAAGGCAGCGGAUAAGGGUUUCGAGGAUGAACUAUGGCUGGUCCUUGACACAAUCCCAACACACGAUGGCAUCCGCAACAUUCUCCGCAACUGGCUUCGACAGACCUCUUUGACCAAGACAGAGGCGUGGCUGCAACGCGUUCAGGGCGUUCUCAAGAUGACGCGGGCGAAGCCCAAGACCGACCCUGACGCAAGCAAGGCAAAAUCAGGCGGACUGCCUGACCUCAGGGACGAAGAAGUGGCUGGCUUCGCAGCUGCCCUCGGAGCGGCCAAGGAUGAUCCUGACACCAAGGCAGCAUCAGAGGUCGAACCGCUCCGUUGGCAAGUAACGACUUUCGCCAUCAGCUGUAUUGGCGAUAUGUUCGUCUUGAUCAAUAAGGAUGUCGCGACGAACGGAGAGUCUGCCGCCCAGGUCGCCCUUCAGGGCAGGAUCGCUGAUGUUGUCAAGAUGGCUUUCUCUGCUUCGACAUCUAGUGUAGUGGAGCUGCGCAUUUGGGGUCUCAAGAUCAUCGGUGAUGUUCUUAAGAUGUUCGGUCGAUCGCCUGAUCCGGAUUUCGAGGAGGCUAUGCUGCUCGAACAGUACCAGGCUCAAAUCAGCUCUGCACUUACACCAGCAUUUGCCGUUGACUCGUCGCCUGAACUGGCGGCCGAGGCUGUCAAUGUCUGCGCCGGCUUUAUCUCGACUGGCAUCGUCACUGAUGUCGACCGCAUGGGCCGAAUCCUGAAGACGCUGGUGACCGGGCUAGAGAACUUCUCCAAGGAGAACGAAAAUGCUGGCAUUGGCGAGCUUAAGGGUCUCAGCUCUAACGCUCAGGUCAUGGUUAAAAUGUCCGUCUUCUCAGCGUGGGCAGAGCUCCAGGUAGCCAGCUCGGAACAGAAAUACCUUCUGGAGGUCCUGAAGCCUCAUAUUGGUACCUUGACUCCGCUUUGGCUCGAGUCACUUCGCGAAUUCGCCAGGCUGCGAUUCGAGCCCGACAUCUCCAUGACUCUUGGGCCCCCCUCACUUUCUGGCAGUCUUGACACCAUCUAUGCUGCCCUUAACCGGGAGACGCUUCUCAAGUUCUACCAGGAGUCGUGGCUCAAGCUCGUGGAUGCCAUUGCGAGCCUCAUCGAGCAAGAUAGCGAAUUCGUGUUCGAUGCUCUAGAUGGCAAGGAGGUCGACGGACUUGCUACCAACGGCAGCGGCAAGGGACCCGACAUUAACUAUCGCGAUGAGCCCGUCGCCUUCUUCUUCGUUCUCUUUGGCAUCGCGUUUGAGGCUCUAGCUACUCGCCCAGGACAGACUGACUCGCUGGCGACACAAGAGCAAAACUUGGCCAUCCUCCGGGCUCUGAAGAAGAUUCUGCAUCCAAGCGUCUCUGGACAUGCGAUCUACCGCGACGCCAUCUUUUCCGAGACGAUGGACUUGCUGGAUCGUCUCGUUCUGACAGAGGGUCUCGACGUGCAGGGCGUCAUCGUAGAGAUUGCCCGGGCACUUUGCGUUUCCCACCCCUCUGCGCGCAAGAAGAAUGCUGCCGACGAUGGUAACCUGUCCGACGACAUCGAGCAGCUGUUUGAGCUGACACGCAUCAUUGUGCUUGUACUCUCCGGUCUGCUGCCAAAUCUCACCGGAGAGAACCAGCCGAUUCGUCACCAGAUGACGGAAGAGGCGAUCCUGCUCAUCAGGUCGGCUCUCAACGCGCUUGUCGAUGCUGCAGAAGUGUUCCCCUCCAUCAUCAAGACGGACCUCCACGCCUGUAUCAUCCACAUAUUCGCCACGACUCUCGCAGCACCAUCCUGCCAAGAGGUCAUCGUCGCACAGUCGCUACCCACACUCAAGCGCUUCAUCACUAGCGUGUCCGGCUCGCGGAGGCCGGUCAACGAAGGCGAGGCGUCCGCAACGGAUGUGCAGCUCCAAGGGUGUCUGCGUCGGUUCCUAUCAAUCUACCUCAACGCACAGAAACGUGAGGCGUCGACAUCGCUCGCCUGCGUGAAGAAUUGCUUGCUUGCCAUCACAAUCCUCUUUACAGGUGGGACGAAUCACCUUGGGGCGAACGAGCCGCUCGUGGCUCGGUAUCUUGAUGAGCUGGUUGACUGCCUAACGGAUCGCAUGACUGCAAAGAUCGCUGCAAACUGCAUCCGCUCCCUGUUCCUUCAGCCGAACCCCACGCCCGCUGACCAAAGCCUUGCGCGAUACCUGCUGCCUCGUCUGGUUGCCUUUGUGACAAACACGGACCCGGAAGACCCAGAACGGGCGCGCGCCCUCGUGGCGCAAACCCUGACGCAGUACGUCGCGUCGAUCGCCGCCGUCGGCAAACGCGAGCGCACAACGGCAGCGAUGGCGCUCGUGCUGCCGACAUUGCUGGCACGGGCCUCGGCUGAGGGUGACGAUGCGUACCAGGACACGGGCGCGCGGCUGCUGGAGCUGGCGCACGCCGAUCAGACGACGUUCAGGGCUAUCGUGGGCGGCAUGAGCGAGGCCCAGCGGGCGUUUCUCGAGGAGGUCAUCCGGGCGGGCGGCCGCGCGUCGAACGAGGCCAGAGGCGCUGCGGGCAGUGGUGGCGCGGGCGGCGACAGCAGCGGGGGCCAGCCUACCAUCGCGCUGAAGAUGAACUUUGGGGGCUGA